AUGGAGCAACAGGGCAACUCGGCACGAUCCAUUGAGGAUAACAAGCCCGCCGAAACAACCCCCCUCCCGGCUCAGCCAAACGCAUCACCGCCCCAAGAAACCGAGCCUGUCAACCCGGUAAACGAGACCACCCCCGACAAAACAGCCGAGAAAAAAACCAAAAGCUCCGAUCGGCGCCGGGAAAAGCACCAAGAAGGCAAGGGUCGUCGGAAAGACGCAAAGUCCCGUAGACGGACUGCCCAUCAAGAGUCCGGUUCCAGCGAUGACAGCGAUGAUGUGAGCAGCUAUGAUUCAGAUUCGUCUGAUUCUUCAUCCGCGGGAAAGCGGUCCAAGAAGAAUACCCGUCGCCGUCGCAUCCGCCGUGUCAGCUCGGGAAAGCUGUCCAAAUCAUCCAGAGCCACGUCCAAGCGCCACAAGCGACGUUCGAGAAAUGACAGCGACUCAGCGCUAAGUUCCGAUUCCUCAUCAGACUCAGAUCGGGAGACCGAGGCCCGCGUGGUCCGCGAGAAUGAUCAUAGCGGAAGCGACACGGACAAGGAGGUGCAGAACCUUCGCCGGCAAAUUCAGCAACUACAGCAGCAAGUUGCACUGCAGCCGGCCAUGGUCAGCCCCUUUUACCCGAACAUGCUAUAUCCGUUUCACCCUUUCGACCAGCAUCCCCCCAACCCCUUUCGUCCCGCAGUGCAGGUACCGGGCCUUGCUGCUGUGCCGCCCACGAACCCGCCUCCGCCUCCGCCACCGCAGCACGAGAGGCCCGCUCCCCCUCGCGUACGGCGUACGUUCCAGCGCGGAAUUCCGGUAGAGAUUGAAGAAGAGAAGAAGAAGGACAAAUCUCGUGCCAAGAAGGACGGCAAGCCAUCCUUUCGCCGAGUCGACUUUGUAUGGGACUCUUCUGCACUCUGCUUCAAGAUCCGCGACACCACAGACACGCAGUCCCAAGACGACGAGGAUGACGACAACAUCUUUCUGGUCCGCAGAACUUUCGACACGCAGGGCAGGUAUCGCCAGACUUUUGUGGACAUCAGAAGCAAGCUUUUGAGAGAGUGUCUCAAGGACACCAUUGGAGAGGUCAAGGGGGUGACUUUUGUGGAAGAGACUCCCAAGCUUGAUCCGGAUUUCCUGUUUCUCUACAUGGAUGAUUUGCUGGCGCACUACAAGCACCUGAAAACUGUUAAGCCUACUGGUGACUCGAAGAAGGAAAAGGCAAACAAUGCCAAGAAGAUUGGCCUCAAGAUUGCGCACCUCAAGUUGCUGCUCAAGUACUUACGAAAGGAUUACGCAGAGAUCAAACGCCAAGUUGACUCGCUUCUCCGCAACGGCCUCAUCACGUUUGAGCUUCUUUGGGCGCUCUGGAAACCGAAAUCGCUGGUGUAUACGACAACCUUUGGCAACGACGACGAGCCGCGCGUGUUCCGCGUCGAGAGCGUCGAGCGCCACGUCAACAUGCAAAAGGGCGAGUAUUUCCACAUUGACGGCAAGUACUUCGAGUACGACGGCAAAAACUUUGGCUACGGUAGCAUGGCAUCGGAGAUUGGGUCAUUUCGCGGCGCGCGAAAAAUCACCAGCCUGCCGUGCUACCCCCUCCACUUCCACCGCGACGAGGCGGGCCUUCGCAAGCGGCUCAUCGAGCGCGGCAAGAAGUUUGUCGAGCUGCGCGGCGUCCACUACAAGAGCUAUUCGGGCAUGGCGUACCUCAAGAGCAAGAAACACGGCGUCAUAAAGUUCAAUGUGCAGCAGAGCCGCGUAAUGGUCGACACCAAAACUUUCCGCCGCAUCAACCCAAACUACAUGCUGUCGCCGCUUGGGCACGCAGCACAUGGCUCCCUGCCACCGGGGAGCAUGUCGGACGAUGAGGACGACUCCGACUGUAACUCUUGUGGCUCUGAUGUGUAUGACAGCGACAACGGACAGCUGGAGGUCCUCACGACCGUUUACAAGGAUGGCGGCGGCGAAGGAGCUGGCGAGCCGACGGCGGGCUCGUCCAACGCCAAAGGCGAAUCUUCCGACUCGUGUGGUAAGACGACUCCCUCGUCCUCGGUCGUCGACGCAGACGGAAAGGGCGACAAGGCGGCCGGAACCGCAAACAAAGACGGUGCAGGCAGCGGCGACGACGCGCUGCCGCGUGCGCUGACGGAUGAAGACUACAUCCUGGCGUCGCCGGUCGUCCUAGGCUUCGCGUUCGCCGAGAAGCAGUGGCUCGAGUUCUCCGUGGCCAACAUCAGCGAGGUCAAGUGGAACGACCAAGCGUGGGACUCGCUGGUGCUGGAGCCGACCACCAAGGACCUGAUCAAGGCGCUGGUGACGUCCCGCCGCAACCACGCCUCGCGGACCGUCGACGACGUGAUCCAGGGCAAGGGCAAAGGGCUGGUGACGGUGCUGCACGGGGCGCCCGGCACCGGCAAGACGCUGACGGCCGAAGGCAUCAGCGAGCUGCUGCGGUGCCCGCUGUACGUGGCGUCGGCGGGCGAGCUCGGCACCGACUCGCGGUACCUCGAGGCCGAGCUGCAGCGCCUGCUGGACGUGUGCCACGCCUGGGGCGCCGUGCUGCUGCUCGACGAGGCCGACGUCUUCCUCGAGCGCCGCAACGUCUCCGACGUACACCGCAACGCCCUCGUCAGCGUCUUCCUCCGCCAGCUCGAGUACUUCCAGGGCAUCCUGUUCCUAACCACGAACCGCGUCGAGACGUUCGACGAGGCCUUCCAGUCGCGCAUCCACAUCGCGCUCCGCUACGACAAGCUGGACGCCAAGGCGCGGCGCAAGAUCAUGGCCAUGUUCCUCGGCAGGGUCCGCGCGCUGGGGACGAUCGAGGUGGACGCGCUGGACGACGACGAUCUCGCGAGGUUGGUCAGGCAGGACCUAAACGGCAGGGAGAUCAAGAACGUGGUGUCGUCGGCGCAGGACCUUGCUAUGAGCAAGGAGGAGACGCUCGGCAUGAAGCACCUGCUCCAGGUCCUCGAGGUGCACGCCAAGUUUAGCAGGGACCUGAAGGGCGGCACGGGCUACGAGGACGCGAUGAGGAGCUACUUUUAA